AUGGGAGCGGUCUUGCAGGAAUUGUUGAUUCAGAAUCUUGGAGAAUUAUACACCUUUGUUGGCAUGAUUGCUUUUCAGAUUCCUGAUUUAUCUAAAUUGUUGAGGAUAUCAGAUUCAUACUUUCAUCCUGGAAAUCUGAAUCAUAUGUUUCUAGAAACCAAUGAUUUCAUUUCUGAAACAUAGUUGUUAAAGAAUAUAAUUUACUUUGAGCUGAGUAGAAAAAUACUCAGCAUCAAUAAUAAUGACUUUGAAAACAUGGGAACAUCUUUGAAGAUUCUUAAUCUGUCAUUUAAUAAUCUUACAGACUUACAUCCCAGGGCCCUUAAGCCAUUGUCUUCAUUGACUCAUCUUCAGGCAAAUUCUAUUCCUUGGAAAUGUAACUGCAGAGUAUUGGGCCUUCGAGACUGGCUAGCAUCCUCAGACUUUACUUUAAACAUCUGUUGUCAGAAUCUCCUGCCUAUGUGCGGCAGAUCGUUACAUUAUAUUAAGUGGACUGACCUUACAAAUUGUGUUACAUCUUCAACAAAUAUAUCCAGAGAUUGGUUUGUAAAAUCUCUUCACAUUCUUCACAAGACCACUGAAUUAAUGAUGGCCUGGCACAAAGUAACCACAAAUGGGAACCAUUUGGAAAACGCUGAGAGCAUUACUUUCUGGAAUCAUGUUCGCACUUCACCUGCCAGUACGUUUUCUGAAGAGGAUACCUUUAGUAAUCCAUUAGAAACUACUGCAGUGUUACCUGUGCAAAUACAGCUUACGUCUUCUGUUAACUUGAACUUGGAAAAAACCAGUGCUUUACCAAUUGAUGCCACACCAGUGUCAGGGAAAACAUCUCUUAUUUGCACACAAGAAGUUGAAAAAUUGAAUGAGGCUUUUGACAUUUUGUUGGCUUUUUUCAUCUUAGCUUGUGUUCUAAUCAUUUUUUUGAUCUACAAAAUUGUUCAAUUUAAACAAAAACUAAAGGCUCCAGAAAACUCAGGGGAAAAUAGACUUGAAUACUACAGCUUUUAUCAGUCAGCAAGGUAUAAUGUAACUGCCUCAGUCUAUAAUACUGGCUCGGGUUCUCUAGAAAGCCCUGCUUUGGAACAAAUUGGGCUCCACAAACAAAUUGUUCCUGAAAGUGAGGCACAGGUCAUACUCUUUGAACAUUCUGCUUUGUAA